AUGGGCCCGAGCGGCUCUGGCAAGACGUCGUUGCUCUCUCUCCUCGCGGGCCGCGCUCCCAAGGGCGCCAAACUGGAGGCGGGGGAGGUGACGCUCGGCGGCGCCGCGCCGACCAAGGCCUUCUUCCGCCGUUGCGGCUUCGUCUUCCAGGACGACCUCCUCCUCGCCGCGCUGACGGUACGCGAGACGAUCGAGUUUGCCGCUCGGUUGCGGCUGCCGCAGUCGCUCGGCGACGAGGAGCGCGACCGGCGGGUGCAGACGACCCUGCAGCAGCUCGGCCUGGAGCACUGCGCGCACACCGCCAUCGGCAGCGAGAAGAAGCGCGGCGUCAGCGGCGGGGAGAGGAAGCGCACCGCCGUCGGCGCAGAGCUCGUGGCUCGGCCGCCGCUGCUCUUCCUCGACGAGCCGACGUCCGGCCUCGAC